CUCUGUACACAAUGGCCUGCGAAGUAAAACAAAGCGGAGAAAUUCGCGAUUUUAGGAAAGUUCAAGAAUAUUUUGGCUUAGGACACGACGACAAUUGGCUAAAUGCUAUAAACCAGGCUGUGUCCCCCACUGGGGAGUUGAUUGCUCUGGCCCAAGGGGAGAAGCUGGCCUUUCUUUCCACCUGCUGGAGCAGUCAUGGGAGUGGGAACUCAUAUGUCCUCAGCUGGUGUGGAGAACUGGAGGACCCCAACCAAAUUGUGACCAGCCUGACUUGUUUGCCCAUGACCCAGAGCAAGAGCUCGGAUGGAACCAUCGAAUGGACCUGCGUGGCAGUGGGCUUGGUCUCCGGAAUGGUUUUGUUCUACACAGACACAGGCGUAAAGCUUUUCUCCCAAUGUUGUCAAGAGGAUCCAGUAAUAGCAGUCAAGCUGCACUCGCCUCCAAGGCAUUCAGAGGCAGACGCCUUGCUAUACAUCGUAUAUUCCCGUUGUCUGUGUUUCAUACAAGGACAGGACAUCCUGCCCACACUUACCAACUGCCGGCAUAACGUCCAGAGAGGAGCCCUGGAACGCGGUUCCUAUCCCACAGCGGACGUGGUCCCCUUCCAGAAGUUCCAGUUUAAGCAAGAGCGUCAGGCUCUUAUCAACGAUGCGGCCAUUUCGAGCACUCAGCGACCUCCAACCUAUGAUUAUAUUGUGCAGCAAAGCAUCGGUCACGGCUACUUCGCCAAAGUUCACGCAACGCCACCGCGAAGCUCGCAAGUCCUGGCCGCUGGAGCAGAGCCCUAUUUGGGCUUCUUUCAAGCAGAAGAGGGCUAUAAGACGAUGAGCAUACGGGAGGUAGCCAAGGAUGUGAUUGGAAUCGCUUACAAGAACCUGUUGGGCGGAAUUUUUCGUCGAGCUCCGGAACCUUUGCCUUCGCCCGAGGAAUCGCCUAUGCCUGUGCCGACAAAAGACGCUCCCAUGAGGAUACAUUGUCGCUUGUACGAUGGGAAACGAGACGGCCUCACUCUAGCAGUGGCUCCAGGGGGCCGCUUAGCUGUGGUUACAGAUAAUCUAGACCGAGUGAUGUUGGUGGAUACACAACAAGCUAUUAUUCUCCGUGUAUGGAAGGGCUAUCGUGAUGCGCAGUGUGCUUUUGUCCCAGUCAAGGAGCGAUCUGUCCGCGGAAUCAAAACACACAAGCGAAAAGCUCUCUUUCUGGUCAUCUAUGCGCCUCGGCUGGGCGUUUUGGACAUAUGGGCUCUGCAAAAUGGACCAAAAGUGGCCGCAUUUAAUGUUUCAAAGAGCGGGCAGUUGAUCUACAACAAUCACAGCCCUUUGGGAACUGCCGGAGGGUCAGGAUCAGGAGGUGGCAGUAGUCAGGCACGAAAAGCACAAACUAUAAAUUAUUGUUUGUUUUUGGAUCCCAGCGAUGGCAGCCUGAAAGAAGUUCAUAUACCAUUCCACUACGCCCUUAGUGAGACUAGUUCGCAGACAUCUCGAGACAUUCACAUGCUGCGCCGUCUGAGAAAUCAGUUGAGGUCCCUAAGCCUCGGCGACACUGGCGAAGCAAAGCUUCUAGAGAUUGCUGAGCUGGCGGGUGAACUUCAGACCCUUGAAGUGCGUCAACAGUGCUUGGAGAUGCUGCUGAAGAGCAAGAAACUCCAGCCACGGGUGUUCCAGUGCAUAAUUGAUGCUUUUAUAGAAAAACCCCUUCCGAAAGAAACUCCUUCCGAGGACUUCGAGCACCAAAUAGAAAACUACAAACGACUGACCGAUCUAUACUUGACUCUCAGUCAAGCCAAUAGGCGAGAAAAGGAUGAGCCACCUGUUGAUCAUAUAGAACUGUCUGACGCAGAUCUCGUCACCAUCAACAAGUUGGUUUUGCUGCUCGAUGACGGAAGUGAAAAGGAUAAACCCACAUCUACAAGGGAAGUCAGCUUUAAGUUGCAAGGGGAACAUAAGUCUGAGGAGUUUGUGGACUAUCUGAGUAUCUUCAAUAUCGAUAGCCCAGAUGGAAUCAGCUUGUUGCCGGAAAAGAUCGAAAAGUUUGGAAUUGUCAGCAUUGACCUAUUCAGUCAGUUCUUUUCGCAAGGCUUGUGUUUCGGCCAGUUCAAGCAAUGGAUCCACAAGGCAUGUUUACCUAGCAGGGAUCUUCUUACCCUGGUCAUUUGGUUCUGGCUGGAAAAACCGUUCAAGUACAAUAACUGUGAUGAAGUCGUGGAAGAUAUGUCGAGGAUAGCUGCUAUGGUGCAAACCAUUUGCGAGCUUGCCGGAGACCACAUUCACGACUAUGCCUACAAUAAGAUCUCGCCCUGGUGGCAGGAGGUGCGCGAGUUGCUCUUGGAAAGCAAACAGUUUUCAGGACUGCUGGUGGCCAUUGUUUGCAAAACAGUGGCUAGCAAUCUUUGGCGUAGCAGAAGAGAGGGCUCUUGCGAUGAAUCCUCCCAGACUGAGGAGGAAGAACGCUGGGAACGAAUUUCUCACGACGAAGCCCAAUGGGGGUUGCUUACCGGAAAACUGGAAGAUGUUGCUGUCCUGGGGGCUAUCUUAGGAAAACCUCUUACGUGUCGGAAUCCUGUGGGUCCACAGAUGCCAUACGAACCACCCGAUUGCAGCUUAAAAAGCAUUGUGAGCAGUGGCAAAGGAAUUGUAACUGAGCUGGCUGCCAAGUGGUUAAUCAGUGCACAGCUACAUCCCAGCAAGGUGCUUGAGAUUACUGCUCCUGAGAAUGAGUCGGACGAGGAUAGUAAAAUAAAAAAGAAGGACAUUCCGGAAGAGGAACAGCCUAGCGAGGAAACUGAGUCAGAUCCGGAGCUGGAGAUGGGUAGAGAAGUUCAGGAUCCAAGCAAAGAUCCCUCUGAACCUAUACUCGAACGCUUGGCUCUGCUGCGAGCCCACUUUCCCUUCAGUUUGGAGUCGGGCGUGUUGUUGAGUCUUAUGUCCUGGCAAUACAUGGUACAGUGGAGCAAGCAACUUUCCUCCCUGGACCAUUUGCGAGCGGCUCUGCUCUGCCUCAACCAAUUUAGGAAACCAGAUUGGGCAUUGAAACACGGAAUCUGCUGCAUGCUGUGGAAUGCCACGCUUAAGUUUCCGCUGCAGGCAACAGCUAAGCUGAUGCAGAAAGUGGGCCGCCUUCCUGUGGACAAGAUGUGCCAGCAGGAUCUUGAUAUGUCAGCGGGAAAAGUUCCAGAGUUCCUGGAGCUCAGUCUGGAUUUUCUGCAGCACUUUACCACUUCCCUGGAGCACGACAAGCGAGAACUGCAGUUUGAACAGUCAUUGAGCGAGGGUGCCCUGCCCCUCCAGUUUCUGGCUCUCCAGCAACAUCAUGCCAUGCCGCAGUUGCUUCGUCUACAGACUGAGCUGUGCAGUGUGCUCCACUUUAUCGCCUUUUUCCAAUUGCGCGUUUCCAAGCCCUUAACAGUACUCUUUGACGGAAUGAGUAACAAGGCCCUUCUUGCGGAGAUCAACAAAGAGUUGCCCUACGUUCUGCCCUCGCCAGAUCUUGUCCUACAACAGCAACGAUCUGACUUCCUUUGCCGUGUGGUGUCCGCCACAAUGGACCUGAUAAGGGAGGAUUUGGAGCAAUUAUAUAUCCUCGAUCACGUCUUCUAUAUGGCCAAGAUUUGCGCUCUUGCCGACAGCUGGGAGGUGGAUAAACUGCCCAUCCUCAGGCGACAGGUGGUGGAACUGUACGCGUUUGGUUACGAUGCCGAAGCUCAAGUCCUGCUCCAUGAGAUCAGCGACGAUGAGGAGCUGGGCCGAUUGCUUCUGGAAAUAGCGGGCCGGCGACUCAAUUUGUACGCCGAGAGCUCUCAGUCAACGUUCCUGAAGAUUGCCUCUGUAGGCCAUCAGCUACUGGCCUACCUAGACAACCUGAGGGAACCGCUAACCGAGAACAGUAUUCAGAUAGCAGCUACCAAACCUGAUGAAAUCGACGUGGCUGCCCUGGACAAACUAUUGUCCCAUGUCUACAAAUGUCUCUGUCGGCGCGAGUCCAAACAGCUGCCCAUCAUUGCCCAGAUGUACAACGCCGUUCGCAUCCUGCAGAACUGAAACUGACCUGAAGAGAGCAAGGACCAAAGGAACACUUUUUUUUGAUGUUUAUACAAGCAAAGCAAAUGAUAAAUGUUUAAUUUUUUUUUUGUCACAAUAUACUAAUGUAAAACACAAAAAGCAAGAUCGAUGUAAGCUGCAAAGCAAUAGCGAAGACACAUAA